AUGAAUGAAACUGGGCUUCGGAGGACACUUCCUGACCAGACAUCAGGGAGUGGGCACACCUUUGACACUUCGCACCACCCAAGCGUCACCAACACCAUCUUGUCAAAGCGGGUCUGCUUCUACAAAAGUGGGGAUCCUCAGUUCAGUGGCCUUCGAGUGGUCAUCAACAACCGGACCUUUAAAACUUUCGAUGCGCUUCUGGACAGUCUUUCCAAGAAGGUUCCCCUGCCAUUUGGAGUACGGAACAUCACGACUCCUCGAGGGAUUCAUGGCAUCAAUGCUCUAGACGAGCUGGAGGAUGGGAAAUCAUACAUCUGUUCCGACACCAGGAAAGUCAAGCCCAUUGACCUGGCCCUGGCCCGGAGGAGGCUACCACCUUGGUACCAUGCGAGACCUGUUAGUUCUCGCCACAGGACAGCAAGGUUAUUCCCAGGCAGAAAAAACAUCCACAGAGAUGGCAUAGGGGUAAUUCGUACACCCAAAAAACUUGUGGUUUUCCGCAACGGAGAGCCCUCCAACAGGCAUGUUGUGGUGCUACACAAGAAGACUACACCAAAUUAUGAGUCUAUCCUGGGACACAUCUCAGAGUUGAUGCAGUUCCAUGUGAGCAAACUACACACUCCGGAUGGACGACGGAUUGAUGGUCUUCCAGGUUUGAUUUUGUGCUCUGGAAGUGUGGUGGCUGUAGGCAGGGAGCCUUUCAGGCCUGCAGUGUAUGGUGCAGCUAAAUCUCAAAGUCCAACAAGGAGACCUACCAAGCAAAGGGCUUAUAAAAGACAAAAGACAUCAGUCUCCAAAAAAAUGACACCUUCAUUUUCUUCAAAGUCUAGAAAUUUCUCUGCGUCGUCUGAGAGAUACAUCGUCCAUCAGAUUCACAACAGUGUUGGCGAGAGCUCCUGUGACCUACCAAUUAACUCCAUUGAGUCGGGUUCAGAUCGAAUACUGGAGUCUUUGGCAAAGACGGAGGAGGACACCUGUCUCAGCAACGGGAAUUGUGAUGAAGGGCAGGACAGCGUUCUGCCCAAUGAUGACAACAUCGAGAAGUCCUUUCGGGUGAAUCAGGAUGGCAGCAUGACGGUGGAGAUGAAGGUGCGACUGACGAUUAAAGAAGAGGAAACUGUUCACUGGACGACCACCCUGACACGUUCAGUUGUUGCAGAUCAGGCUGAUGUGGCAUGUUUGCCAGAUCCAGAGCAGGAGAUUUGCUCAAAUCAUUCCCAAACUUCUGCCACUUCCACAGACAUUGUUUUUAAGGACAGAACCACAGACGGCAAUGACGAUGAUCCACCGUCACUUGGAAAUGGAGUUGUCAGUGACACUUUUCAGGACGAGGAUGAGGAUAAAGACCACAAUGGGUCUUUGCCAUUAUCAAGAAGAGCCCCCACCCCAGGGUGCAAGAAAAUAAGCAAACUCCGAGCUUCUGUGGAGAGCAUUAAAUCUGUAACUGUGGAUGAGAUUGGAGAAGGAAAGACUGGUUCUUAUAUUUUCAGAGAAGAGACAGAGAACAGGACAAUAACAGAGCAGUUCUACAUGGAGAAUCAGAACAGGACAAAACCAGUUCCCAAACCAAGACGACAUGGCUCUGAGGACUCAUCGUUAUCUUUCAGCUACGACUCAAGCGGCGUUAUAACCACAGAACCUGAGGGAAGUAGAGUCAGAUCCAUCAGGGAAAUGUUUUUAGCAAGGAGUGACAAAGACAUCCAACAGAGUGGCUUCCUGAGUCCCAACUUAUCAGAGCAAAGAGGAGAGACCUCAGGCAGUGGAGGUUAUCAGUCUCAGACCUCCAGCGACCUGUCAGGCGCUGAAGAUGACUCAGCACGGAAAUCCAUCUCAAAAGGCUAUGUGAGGAGGGCAAUCGAAAUGCUCUAUGGCAUAAAAGACCUUGAACCCGAGGAAGGCAGUGAAAGACCCCUUUCAGAGCCGGAUCAGACAAAGAGGGAACCUUCAAACAUAUUUUCACCAUUCCAUGCAGCUAGAUCCAAAGCAAUGUCUGAAUUAUCCUACUUCAAUUCCUCCACUGCGCUGGACAUCUUCACUGAAGCAACAAAAUGCAUUGCUUUCAAUGCACAAGUGGGGCCUGGAGACAGUGUUCCUAUUGAUAACGGACGUUGGCUCCUUAGAGAAAACACAUCGAUGAGAAAGUCAAUAUCAGACCCAGCUGGAAUAAACAAAGCCUUUACAAACACAUUUCACCUGGACGAAUUACAUAAAGACACAAUAGAGAAGACUCCAUAUUCACUGUUCAGUGCAAAGCCAGAGUUAGAAGACGAGACCAAAUCCCAGCCUGGAAAGUGUACCUACUUCUCCCUGCCACAUGCCAGCGAAUCCGAGGUGUAUCAGGAGGAAAUGAGCACUGUAAGCAAGAGCAGCAAGACUGAAGACAGUGAUGAGGAGACAAAGGACGCUUCAGAGAAGAGCAAAACAUGGGCAGAGAGAAACGGCACCUUGCCCAGCAUUGGUGUUGCAGACUUUAAGAUGAAAGACAAUAAAGUGCACCCACUGGUGGAGCUGCCAUCUGAUGGUGAAGUUGUGGUGGUGCAGCCUGGGAAAGGUCGAGUUGUUAAUAGAAGAAUUCAAGAGCCUGAUGUUUUGGACUUGCUGUACUCUUUCUGUGGGGAGCAUUGUCCCAUACUGUGA